AUUUCGGCCAGAGUCAGUGCAGUGACGGGGAUUGAUCAGUAAAGAGCCAAAGUGUAGAAAAAACGGGACGAUAGCCAAAGUUUGAAAAGCAAUUAUAGCUAUUGAAUUUUCAAUUGAAAUCUUUCUAGGAGAUUUAAGCAUCGAACAUUUAGUUUUAUUUUGGCUCAUCGUUCAAACGGUAUCCAGUCGUGACACCACAUCAUCUUCUCCACCCUUGACUUUUAAUUUUUAUUUUGGACAAGACGCUUCGAUUUUUUGUUGGGACAAGUAGAGUGUCCUUAAAUUUGUUGACAAGGACAAUAACAACAAACUACUUGUCAUCAUGGAGGCAAUAAAAAAGAAAAUCGCAGCGUUGAAGAUGGAGAUGGAUAGAGCUAAUGAAACUGUUGAAACUAAUGAAACAAAAGCUAGACAGGAAAAUUUACGUGCUGAUUUAAUUUAUGAUGAGGUACGUGAUUUAACAAAAAAACUUACAACAAUUGAACAUGAUUAUGAAGUAGCAAAGGCAAAUCUUGAAUCACAAUCAGCUGCUCUUGAUGUUUGUGAAAAAUCAUUUACAAAGGCAGAGCAAGAUAGAACGAUACUUACAAAACGUGUUCAAGAUAUUGAAAUAUCAUUAACAAAAAAAGAGGAACUUCGUUUAUUAGCACAAUCAAAAUUAGAAAAAGCAACAGAGCUUGCUGAUGAUGCAAAAAGAAUGUGCAAAGUAUUGGAAGAAAGAAGUCGACUUAAUGAAGAAAGUGUUGAAAAAUUAACACUUGAAUUAAAAGAAGCAAGACUCAUUGCUGAAGAUGCAGAUACAAAAUCCGAUGAAAUUGCACAAAAAUUAUCAUUUGUUGAGGAGGAACUUGAAGCUGCUGAAGAAAGAGUAAAAAAUAGCGAAGCGAAAAUUGUUGAACGUGAGGACGAGCUUUUUAUUGUCCAAAAUAUCGUUAAAAGUUUAGAAGUAUCGGAGCAAAAGGCAAAUAAUAGAGUAGAACAAUCAAAGCUUCAAUUGAAAGAAUUAAAAGGACAAUUAAAAGCUGCUGAAAGACGUGCAAUUCAUGCUGAAAAAACAGUUAAAUUAUUGCAAAAAGAAAUUGAUACCAAAGAGGAUGAGCUCAGAGAAGAAAAAGAGAAAUUCAGGGCGAUUUGCGAUGACAUGGAUAUAACAUUUGCUGAAAUGUCUGGAUUUUAAAAAAAUAAAUG